CUCGCGCUCGCCCGCCGCCCGCCGGCCCGGCCCGCCCCGGGCCCCGCUGUGCCGGGGCCGAGGGGCCGCGUGUGGGCGCGCUCGCCGCCGCCCUCAUGUCCGCGCCGCUGAAGAAGGGCCCCGGGGGGCUCAUCGGGCUCAUGAAGGAUGCCUUCCAGCCGCACCACCACCACUUGGGCCCGCACCAGCCCGGCGCCGUGGACAAGAAGAUGGUGGAGAAGUGCUGGAAGCUCAUGGACAAGGUGGUGCGAUUGUGUCAGAACCCGAAGCUGGCGCUGAAGAACAGCCCACCCUACAUCCUGGAUCUGCUGCCUGAUACGUACCAGCAUCUGCGAACCAUCCUGUCACGCUAUGAGGGGAAGAUGGAAACCCUAGGAGAAAAUGAGUAUUUCCGAGUGUUUAUGGAGAACUUGAUGAAGAAAACAAAGCAGACUAUCAGCCUUUUCAAGGAAGGGAAAGAGAGGAUGUAUGAAGAGAACUCUCAGCUUAGGCGUAACCUGACGAAGUUAUCCCUGAUAUUCAGCCAUAUGCUGGCAGAACUCAAAGGUAUUUUCCCAAGUGGCCUUUUCCAAGGAGACACAUUCCGGAUCACCAAGGCAGAUGCUGCAGAGUUUUGGAGGAAAGCUUUCGGGGAAAAGACCAUUGUUCCUUGGAAGAGCUUCCGUCAGGCCUUGCAUGAAGUGCAUCCGAUCAGUUCGGGCCUGGAAGCCAUGGCCCUGAAAUCAACAAUUGACCUGACGUGCAAUGACUACAUUUCAGUAUUUGAAUUUGAUAUCUUCACACGGCUUUUUCAGCCAUGGUCCUCUCUGCUCAGGAACUGGAAUAGCCUAGCGGUGACUCAUCCUGGUUAUAUGGCAUUCCUAACGUAUGAUGAGGUAAAAGCCCGGCUUCAGAAGUUCAUUCACAAACCUGGCAGUUAUAUUUUUCGAUUGAGUUGUACACGACUUGGUCAGUGGGCCAUUGGUUAUGUUACUGCAGAUGGGAACAUUCUUCAGACAAUCCCCCACAACAAACCUCUUUUUCAAGCACUGAUUGAUGGCUUCAGGGAAGGCUUUUACUUAUUUCCUGAUGGCCGGAAUCAGAAUCCUGACUUGACAGGCUUGUGUGAACCCACACCUCAAGACCAUAUAAAAGUUACACAGGAACAGUAUGAAUUGUAUUGCGAGAUGGGCUCCACAUUCCAGCUGUGUAAAAUCUGUGCUGAAAAUGACAAGGAUGUAAAGAUUGAACCAUGUGGCCAUUUGAUGUGCACCUCCUGUCUCACUGCUUGGCAGGAAUCGGAAGGCCAAGGAUGUCCUUUUUGCCGCUGUGAAAUCAAAGGAACGGAGCCGAUUGUAGUAGACCCAUUUGAUCCCAGAGGAGGAGGAGGAUUAUCGCGGCAAGGGGCAGAAGGAACUCCUUCACCCAAUUAUGAGGAUGACGACGAUGACAAAACUGAUGAUUCCCUCCUCAUGAUGAAAGAGCUAGCUGGUAGCAAAGUCGAGCGUCCUCCUUCUCCAUUCUCAGUAACUCCACAGGCCCCCUAUCCGCCUGUGCCACCACGCCUGGAUCUUCUGCAGCAACGGGUGUCCAACCCGCCGGGGGCUUCCAGUCCUGGUACCACUUCAAAGGCUGCUCCGGGGACCCUUCACAAGGACAAACCCUUGCCGAUCCCACCAACGCUUCGAGACCUCCCACCGCCUCCCCCUCCGGACAGACCGCACGGCAUCGGAACUGAGAGUCGGCCGCAGAGACGACCCCUGCCCUGCACGCCAGGAGACUGUCCCUCGAGGGACAAACUGCCCCCCGUGCCCUCCAACCGCCAGGGCGAGCUGUGGCCGUCUCGACCAAUUCCCAAAGCCCCAUCUGUAGCUCUCGGCCCCAGUGAGCCUUGGGCUGGGAGAGAACUGUCAAACAGGCACUCCCUUCCCUUCUCCUUGCCCUCUCAGAUGGAUUCCAGGGCUGACACCCAUCGGCUUGGGAGCACUCUCAGCCUGGACAACCCAGUGAGCUUGAGCGGUGGUGCACCAGCUACUUCGGAGUGUGAGCAUCCCAAAAUUAAACCCUCCUCAUCUGCCAAUGCUAUCUAUUCUUUAGCUGCCAGACCAUUGCCUGUACCAAAACUGCCACCUGGGGAACACUCGGAAAGUGACGAGGACACUGAGUACAUGUCACCGUCCUCUCUGCCUGUGGUGCCUCCUGGUCCCGCUGUACAAAAACCAGAACUCAAAAUGCCCUUGGAAGUGACUCAGAAUUUACGAGUGUUAGAGUGUGAGCAGCAAGCGGAUGGCUGUAUGUACGAGGCAAUGUACAACAUACACUCCCAAGCCGCGUCCUCUGCUUUUCAGACCGUCAACACUUCUGAUGAAGGAAAUCUGGCAGCAGGCACCGCCAGCAACGGCCCUGAGGAGUCAGAGAACGAAGAAGAUGGCUAUGACAUCCCCAAGGCGCCGCUACCGGUUGCUAUUGCUCGUCGCACGCUGUCUGAUAUCUCCAAUGCCACACCAGCCUUCAGUCGAAUGUCUCUGGAAAACGACCCCGUAACAGGUUUUUCGGAUGUCUCUCAAGUUCCAGAAAGGCCGCCAAAGCCUCUGCCACGGAGAAUAAAUUCUGAGCGGAAAGUAGGGAGCUGCCAGCCCGGCGGAGCCAGCAGUGGCGGGACCAGCGGGUCACUGCAUCUCUCCAGCGAGAUUGAGAACCUCAUGAGCCAAGGCUACUCAUAUCAGGACAUUCAGAAAGCACUGCUCAUUGCACAUAACAAUAUUGAAAUGGCCAAGAAUAUUCUCCGGGAGUUUGUUUCCAUUUCGUCCCCUGCACACGUGGCCACAUAGCACAUAACCUGCCCACCUAGAACUUCCUUGGACCAACUGCCUGGGCAGCCGUAGCCCAGCUCCGCGCCAAAGGGGAAGGGGUUCCUUUAGAGACUUCAUGCUGAAGUCAGCCCUGCCUCUUAAGAGAAUCAGUUGUCAGGUUUUUGUGGUUACAGAUUUCAAAGCAGUGAAACGAAAUGGAGCAGAUCGGUGUUUUAUACAGUGUGUGUCUUGGAGUCCUUUACCCCUACCUCUUGUUUGCAAGAGCCAAUUUAUUUCCAGGGUAUCAGUGGAGAAAAGUGUCACAAGGAGUGAAUCCCUUGGAGGCUGGGGGGGCCUGUUUUGUGCUCUGAAUUCUAAGUGACUACUCUGGAAAAAAAGUCUCCAGGUUGUAUGGUGUGUCCUGUGGUUCGUGGUACUAGGUUUGGACCUGUUUGCUGCUGUGUGUUUGGCUCAGGCUUUUUAGGGCAGUUGAGAGGCGACUUUCUGCUGGGAAUAAACGGGAAACUUGGAAAAAAAUCUUUUUGAUUGAUGCCAGUUUGCCAUGGCUUUGCCUCUUGCCCGUAAUAAUAGUUAUUGCUUAUAAGGCCUCCCUUUUUGCCUGAUGAGAGUGUAACUAGCUUCUCUCAGGUAUUUUGAUCUUGGAAGUGCUGGAAGUUCGAUUUCUCUCAGUGUGUCCUCUUGCUGGCAGGGCUGGCAGCAUGGGAUUCCAGGGAGCUAGAUACACUGAAAGCUGUGCGUGUUAUUAACGGGUGGGGGGAGAGGGCAGGAAGAAUUAGAAUGAGAGCAAAGAACUGGCUGCUGCUGAUCCUUACAGCCUUGUGAGUUUUGUGCUCAGACUUGAUUGUGGCCUUGCUGGACUUGAGCAGCUGUUGCUGGACACUCCCACCCAUGCACUAUUUCUCUAGGAAUGUUGCAUCUGGUAAAUAUGAUAUUUUAUUUAUAUUGAGUGCACGGUGGCUCUUGCAGACUGGUGGCCUUCACGUGCAUUCCAUCACCUCGGUUAGAGAGCUUUUGUGGGGAGCAAGUUGUCUUUGCGCCAGGUGGUUUUGUGAAAUUGGUAGAUGCAGCUGAUGCAAUUAUUGGUAUGUUAUCUGCUUCGCAGUUUAAAAAAAAAAAAAAAAAAAAAAGAGGCAAGACUUAUCUGCAUGGCUAUCCAAACAACGUGAACGACAUGGAGGCUGCUCUUUGUGUUUCCAAUACUCCAUAAAAUUGCCAGAGCCUGUGUAAAAACUGAUCUGGGGAAAAUCUCCAUUGAUAGAAGAAUCACGCUGGACUUAAGUCAGUGCUCAACUGCUACUUGGACAAAAACCGACUUGUAUAUUUGGCUACUUACUCGGUUCUUAUAUCCUUGAUAUGCCAGAAGUGUGUGUCUCCCUUUGAGAGGAUUUAAAUUGAGCAGGGAUGCAUAGAUCACUGCCUGACAGAUGGACAGUGUUCUGUAUAUACCGAGGGGCUGAUAGCUUUUCCAAGUGUCUUGUGGAUGAUUUGCAGGUCUCUACAGCCAGCAGUAGCGGCUGGGCGAAGGGUUGCAACUGGAAAUACUUGGUGGAGUGCUUGUGGCAUUUGGGGCGAGUUUGGUCUUGUAACGACUCAAGCAGCCUGCCCUGGAUCUCAGAUAAACAGCUUGCAUUUGGCAGAGAGGACUUAAAUUGUUAGCUAAGGGAACAAAGCGUAAAUUGUUCAUUUUAUGUAGAUUACAAGUUUCACUGUAAACUGGCAGCCCUCUGAAUUGAUGCAGUGGGAUUCAGAUGGUUUGAAAGCAGGACCUAGCUGUCCUCAUGCCCUCCCUCUGUGGUGUAGAAAAUGUUGUCCAAAACUGUAAGGAGAGCUGCUUUCUUAGGUGCAGUACGUGCACGACAGCAGCACUGAUUGCUGCUAUUUUAGGGCCAGCACGCUGUGACAUUUUUGUUGUUUGGCAAGGCUCUCUGCAGCAAAGUGAGGUCACACACACACACAGCUCAAUAUUGGGGCUGCUCUUGCUGGAAGGUGUUGAAUUUCACAGAAGGUGAAGUUAGUGUGUAUCACAGCAUGAGAAAAAAGAGCUAUUGGUAUUUUCCUCUACCCAUGCACACAGAAGCCAGCAGUAUGGAGAACCGGUCCUGCUGUUUGUGUGAAAUGGGGAGCAUGCCGCCAGGAAUGCGGGCAGCCUUGGUCAGCCUGGCAGGGGAGUUGGGGAGAGGCACGACUGGUGCUGCGGCUGCAGCUCUGGUUGUUCUCCUAGCACAUCUCAGUAUUACGGUUGUGAGUCUGGCCAAACUCUUAGUGUCUUGUUGUCUUACGGUGGAGAAGAGGUAGCACCUUCUGGAGGGGACACUGCUGUAUUACUUUUCUCUUUUUGUAUCCCCUCUGUUUGUGCCACCAGCUCCGUGUAAGUUUUAGUGCCACUUGGGCUGUGACUUGCAGUUUAAAGUCAGUGCGAGUGUGUUGAAAUGGGGUGUGUGGUGGUGGUUUUCACCUGGGCAGGGGUGCUACUUCCAGGACUAAGGCAGGAGGGAGAGCCAAGCUCAAGCGGCUAAGAAGCCUUAACUGAACUCUUGUACUGCCACAAUGCGUUGUGGAGUAAGUAAUGGUGCGCAGUGCCAUGUGAGCUCAUUCAUAUAGCCUUGUUUUAGUGCUAUAUUGAACCAUGCCUAGCAGAGCUUUUGCAGCCCUGCCUUUGGGAUUCAUGGGGCAAGGGCAAGUUGCAGGCUAGCGAUUAGGGAGCAGUCUUUGUGGCAUGUAUUUCUGAUGUUUUUCUGCAUGUGUGCUUUCCAUGUGCUGCUUGUGUCUCAAAUGAAUCAGAGACUGAAAGCUCACUUUUUCCUCCCUGGACUUGGGGUUCUUUGAAGGCAUCACUGAAGGCAGCGGAGUCGUCACUGUGUCUUCUGGCUAUGCUCUGUGAAGUCAUUCAGGCACUUUACA